CAUCACUUUUCAAGUGCAGUGAAGCUGCUAUGGUCGUCUACAUUUGGAGUUUGAACAUUAGCCACAAAGACACUUCUGCGCUCAAUCAAAGUACAAAUGUCAGUUCAGGAGACCCCCCAGGAGCUCACGACACAGCCCCUGGCGUGAGCAGGACCGGGCACACGGUGAUAGCUGUCUGUCUUGGAUUCAUUCUGGUGUUUGGGUGCCUGAACAAUCUCUUUGUGUUGCUCAUCUUCGCGAGGUUUCGCUCACUGUGGACGCCUAUCAAUCUCAUUCUGCUCAACAUCAGCGUUAGUGAUGUAUUGGUAUGUUUACUGGGGACUCCCUUCGGUUUUGCUUCCAGUCUCUAUGGGAAAUGGCUUUUGGGACAGCACGGAUGCAAAUGGUAUGGUUUUGCCAACUCGCUGUUUGGAAUUGUGUCUUUGAUGUCUCUAUCUAUCCUGUCAUACGAGCGUUACACCGCCAUACUACGUCCCACCAAGGCAGACUCGUCAGACUUCCGCAGGGCCUGGCGGUGUGUGACCGGAUCCUGGCUGUAUUCGCUGGUGUGGACGCUGCCACCAUUCCUGGGCUGGAGUAGUUAUGGUCCAGAAGGAGCCGGAACUUCAUGCUCGGUCCAGUGGCAGCUGCGCUCGACCAGCAGCGUGUCAUACGUGGUGUGUCUGUUCAUCUUCUGUCUGUUUCUGCCCCUGAUGCUCAUGAUCUUCAGCUAUGGCAAAAUCCUGCUCAUUAUCAAAGGGGUAACUAAAAUCAACCUGCUGACUGCGCAGAGGCGAGAGAACCACAUUCUUCUUAUGAUUGUCACCAUGGUGUCCUGCUACCUGUUUUGCUGGAUGCCUUAUGGGGUAGUAGCCCUGCUGGCCACCUUUGGCAGGAGAGGUCUGAUCACUCCAAUAAUGAGUGUGGUGCCCUCAGUCCUCGCCAAGAGCAGCACUGUUGUCAACCCUGUCAUCUAUGUGCUUUUUAACAAUCAGUUCUACAGGUGUUUCCUUGCGUUUGUGAAGUGUGAAGAAGAACCAUCUAUUCAUAACCAAAACCGCCAGCAAAGCAGCAACGAGCAUCCCCAUGCACCAUGUGAUGGGCUCUCAUGGAAUCAGAGCUUCAGGGGUCCAAGCAACCACCCCCCGAUGAAGGAGAAGCACACGCUGUCAUUAGUUGUACACUACACACACUGACACCAUCAAAGACUGUCCAUGUUAUCAGUGUUUAUAAUGUGUCAUGAUGACUCUUCAGUGAUUAUUUUCCUGCGAGAAGUUAAAUCUAGUAUGCAAAAAAGGUUCAGCCACCACAUCUCAAACAGACAGAAAUGUGUUUAUUUGUUUUGAAUAUUCAACAUGCAGAAUGAAACUCAUCCAACAAUCGCUUGGUGUGCCUUUAGGAUAUAUCAGAACAAUUUUAUUAAUUGUAAUUAGCUCAAUAAAAUUACAAAUUUACUCAUUUAUGCAGACCAUAAGAAUGUAGAUAUAACCUAUACCCUACAGCUUGAAGGCACAUGUUGUAAUGACAUUUGUCUCCAAUAGUAGGAGCCACUGCCCAUGUCAUAUAGCAGAGAGUGUUCACAAUGAUAAAAGUGAUCAGAAUAGAAAGAUAAUGCAUGGAGAUUUUCUUCAAUUAAAGAUACAGAGUCAAUGUUCAACAACAUAUUUGUUAGCAUAUUUGACAGCAUAUUAUUUUAGCUGAUGUUUUAUUCUUAUAUUUUGCAGUUUGUUAAACAGAAUUGUGUUGUUAAAGCUUACAAGGACAGAAACUGCAGUGAACUGACAAUGUGGAAAUGAAAUGUCAUCCA